AAUGCGAAUCGUUUUUACAGUAGGGGGUACAGUACAUUGUCGAUGUGGUUACUAUUUGACUUUGGCCCCGCAGUGUUUCAGUUCAACCGUAACAAAGCCCCAACGAUGACAUGUUUUUGCUGGCGGCUCCGGAUUUUGGGAGUAUGGCGCUGUACAUGCAAGACCUGGAUGGUGCUGAUUUUGCUGAUUUGUAUGUUGCCAAAAAUCUGGUGGAGCCUUCAAAUCCUGUCGUACCCAAAUUCUGGAACGUCCCAUGAACAUCCCCAGGGCAUGCUUUCGGGAUUGGAAGCGCCUGCAAAAUUGCGAUUGGCCACCAAUUCCCCGGUCUUGUUGGAGUUUGAACCAUGCGCAGGGUUUGCAGAACAAGAGAUGCAAGCCGUGAAAGCUUUGAUGGUUGGAUCAGAAUUGGGCGCUCAAGUGGUUUUUAUUUCAAACAACGGCCACGUGUGGGAUUUGUGGGAAAUGGAAAACUCCAAGUUGUCUCAAUUUGCAGAUUCUUUUUUCAGGGACAAUGCUUGUGACGGGCCACCUGGGGUUCAACGCAAAUUUUGGUGCGGGCAGACUCGAAUGCCCGCAAUUUCGAUUCUGGACCAAAACGAUUUUGAUUUGGCAAGGAGUCUAAGGAAAAGGUUGCGCAUUGAAAAUGCCGAACAGUUUGAAUCUCUCCGGAACAAUUUGUGGUUGUACCAACCGUCCAUUGCUCAUUUGAGUUGUGAUGUCCUGUCCAAAUUUCCAAUAGUUGAACCCGGUGUUGAGUGGGAGUUGUUUUGGAAAAUUUGGGACAAGGUCGAAUUCAAACAAGAUAUACAAAAAACCAAACAGAAAAUUGAAGAACGAAUGACGUUGUAUGGUGCUGGCGCCAGAGAAAAAACUCGGCAAAUGGGUUUUACUUCGUUUCCGAACGACACGGCCUUCAAUGUAUUACAUUUGCGAAUGGAACCAGAUUGGCGGAUAUUUUGCGAGUUGACCUUGAACGCUUCAGGUCCGCCAAAUUGCAUGAACAACACGUUUGAAGUUGGGAAUGUGUUGUUAUCUGAAGGCAUUACGCCAAGCAUCCCGUUGUAUUUGGCAACUACAGUUUCCACGAAAAGAACGUUGGAACAAUGGCGCGGACAGAGCAGUGCGCCAUUUGUCGGUGACAAUUUGUUCAACAUCUAUACAAUCAUUACACAUGAAAUGCUUGCAGAGACGAUUUUCAAUGAAUGGACACCACGUUUGGGACAUCACAAAAUGUUUUGGCCAGCGGUGAGUUCUUUAUUGGGCAUGAAUGCAAACAUGUUUGUUGGCAAUUCGGUGUCUACUUUUUCAGGUUUUUUGAUGCAACAGCGUUUGCGCAUCCAGAAACGCAGCAUUCACUACAAUGGCGGCAGUUUGAGGCUACAAGAGACCAAACAAUUGGCGCCCAAAAAAAAAUGGAGAACUGAACUGUUCAGGAAAAAAAUCAAAUGGUUGUUUUGUAUUCAACCAAGGGAAGGACAAACACAGGAUUCAUCUGCGCACAUGGCCAAAGUUGCUAUCAAAAGUGCGUUUGCAAAGACAUCAUUGGUGGCAAUCGGAGUGACAACUGCAUCUCCCACGUCGAAAUUCGCAGCCGAGUUGGUCGCUGCAGGGGUACGUCUCAUUUACCACACGCCAUCAUGGGUGCCUCACAUAAAGGCCAUGAUAUCGCAAUGGGAAGGAUCGAACAACAGGUUUUCCGGCGACAAGAAACCUAGUCACCUUUUGUCUGAUGUCGAUGCUAUGGUGGGAACAUUUCUCCGAAUCGACAUACCCAUUUUGGGCCUUUUGGAUCCAUUUCUAUUCUAUGCGGACAUCGAUAUUUUGUUUCAAAAUGACGUCACCUGGCCCAAGCUAUUGGGCGCCACUGAUAAACAGUUCAAGAAGAUGAAGGAUUUGCCAUAUGAACAGCAGGUAUUCGCAAAACCUGGGCAAGAAGGGAUUCCAAUGUUUUUUGCAAUGUCAGCUGAAAGCGAAAUGGAAAAAGUAGCUGCGAAUGCUGGAGUCAUGCUUUGGAAUGUACAGUCAAUGCGGAGAUCAUACCCUUCGUUUUUGAAUUUUAUCGUGACAAGCGGUGAUAUCACAUGGCCAAUCGGUCCUGGCGAUCAAGGUGCCUUGAGAACCUUCUACCAAGGAGACCGAGGACCAUCAUAUUUGCCGUAUCUCUUCAACUGGAAAGCCUAUUGGCCGCGGAACCCGACAGCUGUUUUGGUGCACUUCCAUGGGCCUAAGUGCGAAGGAGACAUUUUGCCAUAUCUCGACGACGGUCGCAUACGCCUUCCACUUUUCCAUUUUCUGUUGAAACGGUGUCAAGAAGGUGGGAACUGCCUGGAAUCAGCUCUGCCAUUCCAGACUGCAACAUCUUGCGCGCCACGGCAUCUUCCUCAUAACGGUUCCGGCAGUUGCAGGAAUAGCAAUUCGAUCUGCAUGCACAGGUCACAGUCUCGCCAAGCAGCUCCGCAGCAGCCUCACGCACAGCUGCCACCGGGGCGAAGCCACCAUGCGGCUCAUAGCUAGCUUCACUAGCCGGGCAUCCCAGCACCAGGAAGU